AUGGGUAAGUUAAGUAUUUGUACUCAAACUCUUGUGUCGACAAAAUGUAUUUGGAUGACUGUGGCUGCCUUUGGUUUACCCAUAGGACUUCUAACAAAUUAUAAUCCGGACUUAAAACAGGAGUCGAAAUGUGCUUACGUUAUCAUAGUUAUGGCCUUGUUGUGGCUUAUGGAGGCGUUACCAACAGCGGUGACGUCACUUCUUCCUGUGUUCCUGUUUCCGAUGGUAGGCGUUGCUCCGGCAAGAUUGAUUAGCUCCACCUACUUUUCGGACAUAUCGAUGCUGUUUCUUGGAGGUCUGCUCAUUGCUAUGGCCCUGGAGGAGACGAGACUUCAUACCAGGAUAUCCCUAUACGUCUUGGUUCUUGUAGGAGCUCAGCCAAUCAUGUUAGUGCUUGGGGCACUGGUAUCAACCUGGUUGCUGUCUGUCUGGAUAAACGACACAUCAGCCACCGCCAUGAUGAUUCCUGUCGUAUUGGCCGUGUGUGAGGCUGUCCGGGAAGUCAGUGCUCAGUCAGAUUUACAGUUAAAUGAGAAUCCAGCCUUUGAACUUACGGAAGAAUUUGAUGAAAUUAGUGCAGAGAACUCAAAACAACGAUAUGAAUUUGCCAUAAAUAUGCCGAGGUCCAGUUUAACUGUCACUAAAAAGAUCGAUUGCGAAAAUGUUAGAGAGGAAAAUGUGGAAUUGGACAAUGAGCACGAGGACGACACGAAUAGAACACCAUCAGAUAAGAAGAAGAAAGAUGAAGCGUUUAAGGCUCUUGAAAAAGCACUUUCUUUGAGCGUGGCAUACGGAGCAUACUUUGGCGGAAUUGCAACUAUUACUGGGACACCAGUAAAUCUUGUUCUGAAAGACGUCGCCGACAAGUUUUACAGAGAUAACGGCCAUAAUGAGUCCCCAAUAACGUUUACAUCCUGGAUGGGAUUCGCUCUUCCGUUGUCCUGUAUGACUCUCGUCUUCGGUUGGUUGUGGUUGUCGUUCCGUUUUCUGGGUUUCAGCUGUUUGAAGCGAAUGGACCCUGUUAAAAAAUCAGCAUUCAAUGCGGCGAUCAAGAGGCGAGCUGAAGCUCUUGGACGUAUAUCAUUUGGUGAGGGCCAAGUUGUGAUUGUUUUUGUUUCCAUGGUCUUAUUGUGGCUGUUCCGAAAUCCUCCAAUCAUUUCUGGAUGGGGCGACUUGUUUGUUGAUACAGACAUCAACGACGGACAGAGCCUAGUUUCCGACUCCACGCCAUGCAUCCUUUUGGGAACCUUGCUAUUUAUCCUUCCGGAAAAGAGGCCAAACAUUCUGUGCUGGAGGAAAGGCAAACCUUCCUACACGCCUAUCCUUAAAUGGCAGGUGGUGACCAAGCGGCUACCAUGGGGUGUUCUCAUACUUGUGGGAGGCGGGUUUGCAAUGGCUCAAGCGAGUCAGGAAUCCGGUCUCUCUAUUUGGAUAGGCGAGCAGCUCAAGUUACUUGGCGGUUUUCAUCCACUUGUGAUGGACCUUCUAAUUCUUACAGUGGUUUCCUUUAUAACCGAACUGAUGAGUAACUUAGCAACGGUACAACUGGUUGUGCCGAUUUUGAGAGAUAUGCCCCUAUCUCUUGGAACAAAUCCUCUACACCUGAUGAUAUCAGGAACAAUAGCAUGUUCGUUCUCGUUCAUGCUGCCAGUAUCUGCGCCAUCAUGCGCCAUGGCAUUUGCGACUGGAUAUAUCCCUAUUCAAGACAUGGCCUUAGCUGGGUUGCCAAUGAAGAUAAUUAGCAUAGGCUGUACAAUGUUAGCUGUGAAUACAUGGGGCACAACCAUGUUUGAUCUUGAUACGCUGCCUGAUUUUCUGCAGAAUAACACCACAAACACUACAACGACAACGAUGCAAUCUGUAUAAAAUGAAUCUGUUAAUAAACUUGUGUUUCAAUAUACAGCUAGUUCAAGUGUAACCUGGUGUGUUUUGGCAUAGCUGCAUAAUUCUGGUUUUUACAGAAAAUUUAGACGAAUCGAAUUAAGUAAAUUAAACGUGGUGUUUAAAUACACAGAUCACGUAACAAAUGAUUGGUUUAAACUUGUAUGGCAAGAGGCUCGAACAGAAUGUGUCUUAAAAACAUAAUUAUAUUUUUACCAAGAUUCUAUUAAUACAGGUGCUGAUUUGUGAACUAAAACAUUGAAUGCUGUCCUCAAAUAUGAUUGUUUUCCGUAAAGUUUUGUUUUGUGCACUUCUUUGUUGUUUACCAUUGUCAUUUCUUAUCACUUUAAACUAUCAGUUUUUGCAAUUUUAUGAAAAGAGGAUGUAAAACUAACCUUGUUUUGAUUUGAGUUGAAUUAUGUUGAUAGCCAUUUCAUACCUUGACAUAUUUUCCAAUAACAUAGGUAUAAUACAAUUAAUAUCGAAUAUGGUGUCUUUUAACUCUACUUUUAUUUCUUUAAUUAAUUAUGUAAAGAGCUUUGAAUGGUAGUAAAAUCUAUUCUUUGAAAGUUAAACUAUCAAAAUAAUGCAUACAGCAGUUAAAUUGGUACUGCAUACUUAAUCGAAUUGAACUGUUGCAUCUCAUUACAAAUACAAUUUACCAUGUUACAAACGUAUUAACUGCCAACAUUGACAUUGCAAUACUAAUUAGUUUUACUUGGGAAACCUGCCAUUCCAUAGGUUAUACGAAAAUAUUUCAGAUAGUCAUGAAUACAAAAUCAUCAAAGAACAUAACACAUAUGAACCUAUCUGAACAUUCAGAAUAAUUCAAAUAAUAAAUUAAAAUGAUAUUAACCAAAAAGGAACGAUUCUGAAUAACUUUAAAGCAUACAAAUGUAAAAACUUGUAUUCGGUUUUCUUAUUAACUUGACACUGUGUCUUAUUCAUUCCAUCAGUCGAUGACACAUUAUAAUGUAUACCAUUGAGCCGAUUGUUAAGAGCUUUUUAAAGUUAACAAUAUGAUUAA